ACGGUCCGGCUGCCGGGUGACGCGUCUCACCACCCCGCUCGCUUCGUUCCAGAUUUCGGAGGCAACAUCAACGUCGAGACCAUCGCUGCUUUCAUCGACGGAGGUGGAAACGUCCUCGUGGCUGCCAGUUCGGAUAUCGGUGAUCCUCUUCGAGAAUUGGGAAGCGAAUGUGGGAUAGAAUUUGACGAGGAGAAGACAGCUGUCAUUGACCAUCACAACUACGACAUCUCUGACCCAGGGCAGCACACCCUCAUUGUUGCAGACCCUGAGAAUCUCCUGAAGGCUCCAACAAUUGUGGGGAAGAGGCCUCUAAACCCCAUUCUUUUCCGGGGAGUUGGGAUGGUGGCUGAUCCUGACAACCCUUUGGUUCUCGAUAUUCUGACUGGGUCCUCAACUUCAUAUUCUUUCUUUCCUGACAAACCCAUCACCCAGUACCCUCAUGCUGUUGGGAAGAAUACCCUCCUGAUCGCUGGCCUCCAGGCCCGGAAUAACGCCCGCGUGGUCUUCAGCGGCUCCCUGGAUUUCUUCAGCGAUGCCUUUUUCACAUCGGCUGUGCAGAAGGCGGCUGCAGGCUCUCAGAGGUACCCCCAGACUGGGAAUUACGAACUGGCCAUGGCCUUGUCCCGCUGGGUCUUCAAGGAAGAAGGGGUCCUGCGUGUGGGAGAGGUGUCUCACCAUCGGGUGGGCGAGAAGUUGCCGCCAAGUGCCUACACCGUCACCGACCUGGUGGAGUACAGCAUCGUGAUAGAAAAGCUGUCUGAUGGGAAAUGGGUCCCUUUUGAUGGCGAUGAUAUUCAGCUUGAGUUUGUCCGUAUUGACCCAUUUGUGAGGACUUUCCUCAAGAAAAACGGCGGAAAGUCCAGUGUCCAGUUCAAGCUGCCAGACGUCUAUGGGGUGUUCCAGUUCAAGGUGGACUACAACCGUCUUGGCUACACACAUCUCUACUCCUCCACGCAGGUGUCCGUACGGCCGCUCCAGCACACGCAGUACGAGCGCUUCAUCCCUUCGGCUUAUCCGUACUACGCCGGCGCCUUCUCGAUGAUGGUGGGCCUCUUCUUAUUCAGCGUUGUGUUCCUGCACAUGAAGGAGAAAGAGAAAUCCGAUUGAGGCUCAGCAAGAAGAGUGCCGGCGCCCCGAUGCCAGCCCCCUUGGAGGCCUUGGCCCCCAGCAGUGCUGCACUGAGCCACCGCUGAGUCCCAGCUGGGCAAGUCUGGGGACCUGGAGUGGGCCAGAAGGGGAAGAGAGGCUUCUCCGUUCAUGGACAGCAGGAAGCCGUAGGCCAAACGCGGGGGUGACCACCCUCCGUUUCCAUGUCGUCAUUUCUCUUCUGCCUUGUUCCAUUUUGCAAAAUAAAGACGCCGUUCCAUCUCCCUUU